UUUACGUAAGUGCUCGGUCACUUUCGCGAAAAUACCUUUUAUAAAGUGUCGCAAAUUUAAAAAAACAACGGUCUUUCUCCAUCAAAAAUCGAUCAAAAUAGUCAAUUGCAUUGUCGGCUUACUGCCAGUCUGGCACCAGAAGCUCUUGGAGCAGCACGGCCUGAGUCCCGUAAGGCUUUCGAUAGUGUUGCGCGAAAUAAUGCAACAUGUUAAUUACACAUAGCCAUCUCGUUGGGUUGCUCGUGUUGAUUGUGGCAGUGAUUAGUGCUCGUCUGGAAAAUAGUGACCGUAGAACUAGAGUGAUCGGUGCUGACAAGGACGAUGAGGAUGUGUACGAGGAUGUUGAUCUUACUCUACAACCGAGGGAUAAACGGACUAUUGGCACUCUUUUAAGUGGCGUCGCUGAUCUGUUUGGGUAUGACGUACAAAGACGGCCGUCGCUUUUAGAGCAGUCGCCAUUGGUUUCUCCGGUUUCUGGACAGAUCGUGGCCGCUCCCGCUUCUGCUCCUGCUGUUCUUUUGGACCCCAAUGCUGAUAUCAAUGCGAUUCUGGCACGUCAAGCGGCUCCACCGGCGCCUCCUGCAGCUGCCCCUGCUCCGGCUGCGCCUCCGGCAGCCCCAGCCGGGCCUCCCGCUCCUCCAGUUACUCUGACGGCUGGAGUGCGGAGGGCCUUCCAAGUGGGGGUGAACUGGAGCAACCAGAGGCAGCAACUUGGAGGGCCAGCUCCAGCUGCUCCAGCUCCAGCUCCAGCUCCAGCUCCUGCUUCUGCUCCUGCUCCUGCCGCGCCACCGCCGAUCCAAGGUGAAAGAAGAGCCUAUACAGUGGGUCUCAAUUGGCAAAAUUUACGACAGCAGCUGGGAGGCCCAGCUCCAGCUCCAGCUGCUCCUGCUCCUGCAGGAGCUGCACCAGCUCCUGCACCUGCAGGUCCGCCUCCACCUCAAGGCUUCAGACAGUCGUACCAAUUGGGUUUCGACUUUUCCAAUCAACGACAACAAUUAGGAGGCCCCGCCCCCGCAGCCCGAGCAACGCCUCCGCCUGCUGCGCCUGCUGCACCUGCAGCGCCUCCCACUCCUGCAGCUGCCGCAGCCCGGUUAUUAACUCCCGAAAGCAUACCCGACUUCAUAAGGCAUAAACCGUUAAGCCCCACUUUGGUGGAACGAAUCUACUUUGACAAACAGCAUCCGUUGGCUCUGAAGAAAAUCUUUUUCCCUCAAGAGAUAAACAGUUGCGAAGAAAAUGAGACGGGAGACGAUCCGCCCAAUAGAGGAAAACUAGCUCCCCAUCCUCUGCCCCUGCCGCGUCUGCCAAUUCGUUUAGACACACCUCCUAGGGAGGCUGAAGAGCCAGAGGAAAGCAAAGAGGAAGAAGAAGAAGAGGAGGAGGAGGAGGAGGAUCCCCAACAGAGCAAUCAGCAGGAAAAAGAAAACCAACAGAAAAAGCAGAAUCCACCUGAGGAAGAGGAGGAGGAGGAGGAAGAAGAAGGGGAAGAAAAAGAAGAAGAAAAAGAGGAAGAAAACAAGGAAGACAAUAAGGAAAAAUACAAGAAGGGUGAAGGGGAGGCAGAGGAAGAGGAGGAAGAAGCAGAAGAAGUGGAAAGGCGAAGAAAAGAGGCGCCCAGAGGGUUCCAAAAACCAGCGGCACAAGGAUGGCGUAAGGAAGACACUGGCGAUCCGAACGAAAAGGUUUUCGUCCUCAACCAGGAGUACAGCUACCAAAAUGGGCCCCACAAGGUGAAAAUCGAUUUGCCUGACUACUCGGAUGCGGACAACGAACAAAAACGACGACACAUCCAACCCAAGCCCACUAAACCCAGGAAAUUUAAAAAGUUUCAGUCGUUUGGAACGGCUACGCCCACCCCGUUGGCUAUACUAAAAAUCCGAAGCAUUCUUGAGGAUGGGCCGAAAGAUCUGAGACCUUUUGGUACUAAAACGAGCAGCAGUGUCCGACUGCAUCGCAGAUCGGUAAGAAGUGUAGACACCAACAGUCCAACAACGACUCCACCACAAGACAUCAUACCAUCUCCAACACAGAAAAGAGUUGUGCGCGACUCAGAUACAGCAGAAAAUAUUGAAGUCGCUAGCCUCACUAACAAAAGACUUUUAGAUUAUUUUGCGAAAAAAUUCUUGAAUGACGCAAUAGUCGCUAGACAAGCCAUCCAAAACCCCCACCUCAUUCAUGAACCCUAUUAUCAAACACGUGAUCAUGAGAAGAUUCUAGAACCUUUUUCUAUUUCUUUUAAGGAGGAAAUAGGGCAGAGGCCUAAAGAAGCGACAAUAAUCAGUCCGAUUGAAACAAUUAAGAAAAUACGAACCAAAACGAAUCAACGCGUGGCAGAACAGCAUCAAAACAUCUUGAGGGAAAUCGCGAAUAACUUUGAGGACCGGCAACAAUAUUUGAGCAAUCAAAAAUCCAGCCCAAAGAAACCAGCCAGCAGCGAAGACAUCAAAUUAUACUAUGCGAAAGCCUUAGAUGGCAUUGUUAAGAACUUUGAGGACACGGCAAACCAUGAGCGCACCCGCCAGGAAGCGCUCAACACCCAACACGAGGAGAUAAUUGACACUUUAAGAAAAAUCGCAAAAGAAAAAGAACAGCGUCGACUGGCGGCUGAAAACGAAGAAGAAGCCGAUCAUGAGGAAGACGAACCUGCACCAGAAAAAGUCAAAACCGAAUUUUUAAAAGUGGUCGUAGGAAAACCAGAAGAGAAACUCACCGGGGACAAAGCUGAGGAGAUAAUCGAAAAACUUUUGGAAUCGGAACCACAUCAAAAGGAGAAAAGCUCAGAUACGGCAAGGGAUUAUGAGAGCACCAAGAAUAUUCCGGAGGAAAAGCCUCACUUUCGAGCUGAUGUAGAAAACCAUCAUUAUGACACCGAUAAACCUUCAGACAACGGUAACUCUUACCAUGAAAGCGACAAAAAUAUUGACAGAGGAGCACACGAUUAUGGAAACGACAAAAGCAUAGAACGAGGACAUAGCGAUUACGACCAUCACGACGCACACAGCGGCGGUGUGGAACCGCACUUCGAUCACCAUCUGGAAGAAUUGGGCGACGAUAGAGUGAAAGUCGGAAACGAAGACAUUGUAGGGCCACACGAUGAACACCUUGAAGAUGACGAUUUGGAGGACAUAUCGGAAAUCGAUGAAUCUGCAAUUAAACAAUCAGGUACAAAGGAGUCCGAAAUCAAAACAGAGAAAGAAGAAGAACACGACGACCAUGAGGACAAGGAAGAAGUGAAAGAGGACAAGGAAGAAAAAGUGGAACAAAAGGAAGAAAGCCACCCUGAAGCCGAAAAAGAAGCAUCACAUAAGGAAUCAUCUGAUUUUACAUUUUUCCAGCCUCUUGACUUCAUUAAAGACUUGGAAAAAGUAAUAUAUCCGGAAGUCCACAGCAAGGAAGUUCAUUUUCCGGACAUCAGCGACAAAGUACCACACUUCGAACACAGCGACGUAGAAAAAAUAAACUUUGCAGAAAAAGACAAACCAUUUGCGGAAGACGAUGACAAGGACAUUCAGCUGCACGAAUCAAUACACGAUGAACCCGAACUGAAUGCGGACGAUGAAGACCAAGAAUCGGAAGCCGAAGCCAAAGAAUCAGAUGAACAAGAAUCGAAGAAGAAAGAGCACAAAGAGGACAAAUUGGAAGUAGAAAAAGAACAACCCGAAGAAAACCUCGAAACUAAGCACAAAGACUUUAAUCCGUUCAAGUAUUCCGAUUCUGACAAAACCCCCAAAAAAGAAAAAAAUGGCCCACAGGCAGAUGAAGACAAAGAAUCAGUUGAACAGGAAACGAACAAAAAAGAGAACCAAGAGGAGGAAGAAACAAUAGAAAAGGUGACCCCAAAAAAAGAACCCGUUGUGGAAGAAUACUUUGACCCAUUUAAAUACACAGACUUCAAAAAUACCAAUUCUCAUUCAGAAGACGAAGAAUCAGAUGAAGAGGAAUCAGAUAAAGAAGAAACAAAAAAUAAAGAGCGCAAAGAAGAAGAGCUGGAAGAGGCAAAAUCUAAGAACAAACCCGAAACUACUGAAGAAUACUUUGAUCCAUUUAAAUACUCAGACUUCAAAAAGACCAGUGCUCAUUCAGAAGACGAAGAAUCAGACGAAGAAGAAACAAAAAAUAACGAGCACAAAGAAGCAGAGUUGGAAGAGGCAAAAUCAAAGAAAAAACCCGAAACUACUAAAUAUUUUGGCCCAUUUAAAUACUCAGACUUCAAAAAACCCGAAGCCGAACAGGAAGACGAAGAAUCGGAUGAGCAAGAAACCGAAAAAGAUGAGGACAAAGAGGACGAAGAAGAAUUGGAAACAGCAAAGCCUGCGAAUAAGCCCGAAAUUGUUGAAGAAUACUUUGAUCCUUUUAAAUACUCGGACUUUAAAAAGUCUGAACCGCGGCAAGAAGACGAGGAAGAUGAGCAAGAAACGAAGAAAAAGGAGUUUGAGAAGGCACAACCUCAAGAGCACGAAACCAAUCAAGAGUCUUCGAAUCCAUUUAAAUACUCAGACUACAAGCAGUCGACAGAUAAGAAGCAGGACGAUGAAGAAUCAGAGGAGCAAGAAACGAAAAAAGAAGAGCACGAAGAGGACCAAAAAGAACCGGAAAAGGCACAGGAAGCAGCAAAUCCAUUUAAAUAUUCAGAUGUAAAAAAAUCCGAAUCAAGUGAUAAAGAGUCGAGUCAACCAACCCAAGACGAAAACACCUCGAAAAAGGACGACAUUGACGAACGAGCGGUCGAACCACAGUUGCAGGGUUCAGCAGAAAAUGCUGAUGAAGAAAGUGAUGACGCCGAAGAAGAGGAAAAUGAGGAGGAAGACACAGAAAACGAACAAACCGAAGAUGCUGAAAAACAGCGUGAAGAGGAAGAAAAGCUGAAAAAGCAGGCAGAAAACGAAAAGGCGCUUCGUGAGUAUAUCAACGAACAUUUCGAAGUUGAUAUAAUCAAUGGACAGCCAGUUCCCAAAGCGGUCAAAGACACUGAACGCUACAAGCAGAUAGUGGAAAAUGUAAGAACCCCAACUGAAAGCUUCGACGUUUUCGCGCCAAAUGACUUCAACUAUAAAAACAUCCACGGCUUUGCCAACAAAAAGUUCAACGAGAAUCUGAAAAAGCUCGAGAAAGCUAAUAAUCAAGUGGACGAAACUGUCAUUCCUAAACAGCUGGAAGACGACGAUGAGGAGUCAGAUGAUGAACCAGAGUCAGAGGAUGAUGAGGAGUUUGACGAAGAAGCUGAUGAAGAGGAUGAAGAUGAAAAGGCCGAAAACACUGCGGACGUGCCGUGUAGGGAUCCGGAAUUCGAUCGCAUUGAGAAAAGUAUCAAACAAGACCUUAAAAGAAUUCCUUCGUCCGAAACUGUUGGCAGCGAGCGAAGAGAGGAAAAGGAACAGCCAAAAGAGGAGCAAUCCAAACAAGCCCCCGAAACACUGAAGUAUCCCCAUGAGCAAAAGUUUGCGGACAUUUAUUCGGAUUUCCACAAGAAGCUGAUUAAUCCCGAACCCCAAGACAGCAACACUCACCAAGUGGUGCACCCUAAUCUUCACACGGGGGGUUUUAAGCAUGGUGGUGUGGAAGUAUUGGAAAAUGCUGAAAAAGUCGUAACUGUACCGUAUGAUUACGAUUACAGUAGCAGCGAUAAGAAACUGGUGGUUGCUACUACUCCAGCUACUGGUAGCAAUGUUGAUAGAGUUAAAAGAAACGCCGAUUGGAGCUACGAGCCGCAUAGCUACCAACCUGGCUCCUACAGUCCGGAGUCGUACGAUCCUAAUCCAAGUUUUAACUAUCAAACUUCUGAGCCUCAAAUUGAAGCAAUUCCUUUGAUUAAAAAGAGAGAUGAGCCCCUAGGGCCCAAAGCUGUGGUCUUUGAAAAUGAAAGCGGCAGGAAGAAAACGUAUAUUAGAGUGAAGCAAAAGCAACAGGAGAUGUAUGGAUAAGCGCUGAUGUACAGAGUUAUUGGUAUGCAUGUUUUUGGUAUUUUUUUAGUGUUGCGAUGGUGUUUUUUCCCUUUGCAUAUAAACUGUACAUUUCAACUGAAGACGACGCCACUUUUAAACGAUAAAAGACUAAAUACUUAAGACCUAAUGUCGACACUUGGAAAAUAUUAACUGAAAGUAGUAGUUAGUCAUGUCGUUGUAAUUGUUAACGUCCUUAGCCAUUACGAACGGGCUUUACGGUAUAAUUACUGAAAUCAUGUCUAACUGUUAUGUAGUUUUUAGUGCGAAAGCCAAGAUUUGUUAAUCUCGACGGUUUUUUUCCUUCUGUGUACUAUUUAUUAUGUUUUCUUUUUGUUAUAUUCGAAAUAUCGGUAGUGUAGAAACUAGUGUGGCAACAGGCCUUGUGCAUAAUAUGCAUUGUUCGAUUACCAAAAAGAGUCGAUACGACACGGUUGUGAUUAGCAACACGAUUUUGUUAUUUGUUAAUUUAUUUUAGACUGUGAAAAAAUUGAUUUGUUUUUGUUGCGUUGUGAAAAUUGUUAUAAAAGCGUUAUGUUUUAUUUCGAGCGGUUUACAAUGUUUUUUA